GAGUUAGAAAUUGACUGUCAGAGCUGUGAUGGGGCAACGAUUGUGAAUCCGAAAGGAGAAAUCGAAUUCAAAAACGUUCACUUUCGUUAUCCAUCACGACCUCAACAGGAAGUUUUGAAAGGAGUCAGUAUCAAGGUUACAAUAGAUGGAAUUCCAAUAAACACACUGAACAUUCGAUGGUUACGCCGCACAAUUGGUGUAGUAUCACAGGAACCUAUUCUUUUCGCAGCAACUGUUGAGGAAAAUCUGCGCCUUGGUUGGUAA